AUGGAGGACCCUGACGAAGCUGCUGAGCAGUCCGACGAGGCCAGUGACACCAAGCCGUUCAUGGGAUGGGACCCCACUGAAGCUGCUGAGCAGUUCGCCGAGACCGAUACCAAGCCGAUCAUCAAGGAAGAGGACCCCACCGACGGUGCUGGGCAGCCUUUAGAGGACGGCGACGACAAGGAGGCUGGUGGCAAAUGGACCAGAAGCCAACGGCGAGCAGCUGCAUCUGUCCGAUGCUACACUGAAGGCGCCCGGCUCUUGAUCGCAGCUUCACUAGCAGCUCGAACAUCAACAAGCAGUGUGGAACGUGGCGGUGGGGCGAGCCAGAACCAGAAGCCCGCAAUGCGUGCCCAUGAAAAACGAUUUGAAUGCAACAUUUGCAAGAAGUGUUUUUUUAGUAAAGCAACCCUUGUAGAACACAAUAGCACUCAACCUUGUACGAAACCACUUCGAUGUGAAAUUUGUAAACAGUCCUUUAGUUUGAAACAGUCCCUUCUUAAGCACAUAAAAACUCACAUUGUUUAG